CUCGCACCCACCCACUUCCUCGCACCCACCCACUUCCUCGCACCCACCCACUUCCUCGCACCCACCCACUUCCUCGCACCCACCCACUUCCUCGCUCCCACCCACUUCCUCGCACCCACCCACUUCCUCGCACCCGCCCACUUCCUCGCACCCACCCACUUCCUCGCACCCACCCACUUCCUCGCACCCACACGCUUCCUCGCACCCACCCGCUUCCUCGCACCCACCCACUUCCUCGCUCCCACCCACUUCCUCGCACCCACCCACUUCCUCGCACCCACCCACUUCCUCGCACCCACCCACUUCCUCGCACCCACCCACUUCCUCGCACCCACCCACUUCCUCGCACCCACCCACUUCCUCGCACCCACCCACUUCCUCGCACCCACCCACUUCCUCGCACCCGCCCACUUCCUCGCACCCACCCACUUCCUCGCACCCACCCACUUCCUCGCACCCACCCACUUCCUCGCACCCACCCACUUCCUUCGCUCCCACCCACUUCCUCGCACCCACCCACUUCCUCGCACCCACCCACUUCCUCGCACCCACCCACUUCCUCGCACCCACCCCCUUCCUCGCACCCACCCGCUUCCUCGCACCCACCCGCUUCCUCGCACCCACCCACUUCCUCGCUCCCACCCACUUCCUCGCACCUACCCACUUCCUCGCACCCACCAACUUCCUCGCACCCACCCACUUCCUCGCACCCACCCACUUCCUCGCACCCACCCACUUCCUCGCACCCACCCACUUCCUCGCACCCACCCACUUCCUCGCACGCACCCACUUCCUCGCACCCACCCACUUCCUCGCACCCACCCACUUCCUGGCACCCACCCACUUCCUCGCACCCACCCACUUCCUCGCACCCACCCCCUUCCUCGCACCCACCCGCUUCCUCGCACCCACCCGCUUCCUCGCACCCACCCACUUCCUCGCUCCCACCCACUUCCUCGCACCCACCCACUUCCUCGCACCCACCAACUUCCUCGCACCCACCCACUUCCUCGCACCCACCAACUUCCUCGCACCCACCCACUUCCUCGCACCCACCCACUUCCUCGCACCCACCCACUUCCUCGCACCCACCCACUUCCUCGCACCCACACGCUUCCUCGCACCCACCCGCUUCCUCGCACCCACCCACUUCCUCGCUCCCACCCACUUCCUCGCACCCACCCACUUCCUCGCACCCGCCCACUUCCUCGCACCCACCCACUUCCUCGCACCCACCCACUUCCUCGCACCCACACGCUUCCUCGCACCCACCCGCUUCCUCGCACCCACCCACUUCCUCGCUUCACCCACUUCCUCGCACCCACCCACUUCCUCGCACCCACCCACUUCCUUGCACCCACCCACUUCCUCGCACCCACCCACUUCCUCGCACCCACCCACUUCCUCGCACCCACCCACUUCCUCGCACCCACCCACUUCCUCGCACCCACCCACUUCCUCGCACCCACCCACUUCCUCGCACCCACCCACUUCCUCGCUCCCACCCACUUCCUCGCACCCACCCACUUCCUCGCACCCACCCACUUCCUCGCACCCACCCACUUCCUCGCACCCACCCACUUCCUCGCACCCACCCACUUCCUCGCACCCACCCACUUCCUCGCACCCACCCACUUCCUCGCACCCACCCACUUCCUCGCACCCACCCACUUCCUCGCACCCACCCACUUCCUCGCUCCCACCCACUUCCUCGCACCCCACCCACUUCCUCGCACCCGCCCACUUCCUCGCACCCACCCACUUCCUCGCACCCACCCACUUCCUCGCACCCACACGCUUCCUCGCACCCACCCGCUUCCUCGCACCCACCCACUUCCUCGCUCCCACCCACUUCCUCGCACCCACCCACUUCCUCGCACCCACCCACUUCCUCGCACCCACCCACUUCCUCGCACCCGCCCACUUCCUCGCACCCACCCACUUCCUCGCACCCACCCACUUCCUCGCACCCACCCACUUCCUCGCACCCACCCACUUCCUUCGCUCCCACCCACUUCCUCGCACCCACCCACUUCCUCGCACCCACCCACUUCCUCGCACCCACCCACUUCCUCGCACCCACCCCCUUCCUCGCACCCACCCGCUUCCUCGCACCCACCCACUUCCUCGCUCCCACCCACUUCCUCGCACCCACCCACUUCCUCGCACCCGCCCACUUCCUCGCACCCACCCACUUCCUCGCACCCACCCACUUCCUCGCACCCACACGCUUCCUCGCACCCACCCGCUUCCUCGCACCCACCCACUUCCUCGCUUCACCCACUUCCUCGCACCCACCCACUUCCUCGCACCCACCCACUUCCUUGCACCCACCCACUUCCUCGCACCCACCCACUUCCUCGCACCCACCCACUUCCUCGCACCCACCCACUUCCUUGCACCCACCCACUUCCUCGCACCCACCCACUUCCUCGCACCCACCCACUUCCUGGCACCCACCCACUUCCUCGCACCCACCCACUUCCUCGCACCCACCCACUUCCUCGCACCCACCCACUUCCUCGCACCCACCCACUUCCUCGCACCCACCCACUUCCUCGCACCCACCCACUUCCUCGCACCCACCCACUUCCUGGCACCCACCCACUUCCUCGCACCCACCCACUUCCUUGCACCCACCCACUUCCUCGCACCCACCCACUUCCUCGCACCCACCCACUUCCUGGCACCCACCCACUUCCUCGCACCCACCCACUUCCUCGCACCCACCCACUUCCUCGCACCCACCCACUUCCUCGCACCCACCCACUUCCUCGCACCCACCCACUUCCUUGCACCCACCCACUUCCUCGCACCCACCCACUUCCUCGCACCCACCCACUUCCUGGCACCCACCCACUUCCUCGCACCCACCCACUUCCUCGCACCCACCCACUUCCUCGCACCCACCCACUUCCUCGCACCCACCCACUUCCUCGCACCCACCCACUUCCUCGCACCCACCCACUUCCUCGCACCCACCCACUUCCUCGCACCCACCCACUUCCUCGCACCCACCCACUUCCUCGCACCCACCCACUUCCUCGCACCCACCCACUUCCUGGCACCCACCCACUUCCUCGCACCCACCCACUUCCUCGCACCCACCCACUUCCUCGCACCCACCCACUUCCUCGCACCCACCGACUUCUCUGGUGCCAGGCGUUCAGUGGCGUGCCGGUGGGGUGGCAGGGCACGUGUGACACGACAGCUGACUUCGCGUGCAGCAGCAAGAUCAUCGGCGCGCGCAAGCUGUACGCAGCAUACGCGCAGAGCGCGGGCACCCCGGACUUCAGUGUGGAGUACGACUCGCCCAGAGACAUGGACGGCCGCGGCACGUGGAGCGCGGGGUGAGCGUGAAAGCACGGGGAGGGGGGGAGUAGCGGCGGGCAUCAGUGUGACGUGGCCCUCGGGUGCGGUGACGAGUGGCAUGGCGCCGGCGGCGCGCAUAGCGGUGUACAAAGCAGUGUGGUCGGGGUAUGGGUACGAGGCGGACGUGCUGGCCGCCGUGGACCUUGCAGUGGCGGACGGUGUGGACGUGCUGUGCCUCACCACGGGCGCGUUUGGCGCCACGGAGGCCACCUUCUUCACCGACACGCCCUUCCUCCACGCCAACGCCGCGGGCGUGGUGGUGGUGAUGGCGGCGGGCGACUGGGGCGCGCCCAACUUCUGGCGCACGCUGGGGCUGCAGAUCCGCGUCAUCGAUAACUUUUCGCCCUUCUACCUCACUGUCGGCGCCAGCACCAUCGAGGGGGGCGGGGUAGUGCUUGGGGCGGUGUCAGCGCUUAAGAGCAACGCGGCGCUCACAGCUGCUGCCACCAACGCCAGCAUCACAGCGCCACUGUCGGCCACAGCCCAUGCUGCAGCAGUGCAGCCGUGGGCCACUGCAGCACCCGUGGUGGCCGCCUUCUCAGCGGCGGGCCCGCUGGUGUGGCCGUGGUACCGCGCGCGGCCGCCCUUUCCCACCAACGCCAUCCUCAAGCCCGACCUCAUCGCGCCGGGCGUCAACCUCUGGUCCGCCGCGCCCGCCACUGCCAUGGGUGACAGCGGGGGACUGGUGAACCGCACGGGCACGUACAUGGCGGCGCCGCUCAUGGCAGGCAUCGCUGCGCUGGUGGUGCAGCUGCGGCCCACGUGGUCGGCGGCGCAGGUGAUGUCGGCGCUCAUGACCACGGCGCGCACCGCCAACACACAAGGCCGGCCCAUCCGCACACAGGCGGGCAAGGCAGCCACGCCGUGGCAGAUGGGCAGCGGGGUGGUGAACCCGGCGGGCGUGCUGGACCCUGGGCUGACGUACGACGCGGGCGAGCAGCACUACCGCAACUUCCUCGCUGGCCAGAGCUGGCACCGCACCCGCAAGCGCUUCCCCACCGCCCCUCUGAGGCGCCUGGCCCCGCGCAACCUGAACCGGCCGUCGAUUGCGCUGGGGCGCGCCAAGGGUGAGACGGUGGUCCGGCGCACGGUGACAAGCGUGGCGGGCGCGGCGUCCACGUACACGGCGGAGGUGGUGAGCCCACACGGCGUGGUGGUGACGGUGCAGCCCACGCGGUUCACCAUCCGGCCGGGGGAGAGCGUGACGAUCGCAGUGGCGCUGCGCGUGACCACCAAGGCCAUGCGAUUCUACUUCGGCAGCCUCACGUGGACGGACGAGCUGGGCCACGUGGUGCGAUCGCCCAUAGUGGUGCAGCCGCUGCGAGUGCUCAACUGGUGCAUUGGGUGCACCAAGGCUGGGGUUAUCCGUUGGCCUGGACCUCCUUAGGGUACUAUGUGUUUGGAUGUGUUCCUAUAGCGUGUCAACCACACGUAUUAGACCACUAGACACGAGGAGGAAGUAUAGGUAGCAGGGCCUCAGAUUGGUUUUGAGGUACCCUGAUUGCUCAGGGUCCCCCCCCCAUGUUUAGCCUGAUUUUUCAGGGCUCCCCCAAAAAAAAACGCUGAGUAGUGAUCAGGGUUACUUCAGAAUAUCACUGUUUUUACGGAAUUGGGGGAUGGGCAGAACGGAACUCGGGGAGGGCAGGGACCGGGCAGAGUGGGGGGGGUGAUGAGGGAGGGAGGAUUCCCGCGGGAACCGAGGCCGUCAAAUUUUGCGACAAAAUUCUGCAGGAAGCCUCGGCCAACCAAAUUUCGCCGAUCGGUCCCAGGUUGCAGCUGUUGUGACAAAAUCGUACUUCAGCAUUCCUUUAAGUAGUUCCUGUUGUGAUAAUUGAAGU